CCAGCCGCGGUUUAAUGUCGUCGCCGCAUUCGUGGCGCCAAGUAGAAAGAAAGAGAGAGAAAUAAGGGGAGCGAUAGGCUCGAAAAUCGCGGACAGUUUGAAUCUCUCUAAUCCGAAAAGUAAUUGAGUUGCCGAGAAUAAAGAUAAAUAAAUAGGAAAAUAAAAGCUUUUGGAAAAUGUCGAUUAAUUCGAGGGCGGUAUUGAGAGUUUAAGAAUAUCCUGUGCAGAGUGCAAAUAUCAAGAGGAGGAUUUUUCAUUUCAGCGGAAGGUUGUUAUCCGAGGGAGAAUACAAGAAAAAUAUCUCUAAACGAAAUAAAGCAGUUGGAAAAUAAUUGGUGCGCGUUUCUAUCGGGAAGUGCGAGUGGUGUGCUCCGAGUGCGACGAUGUGACAGUGCACGAGCGACGAAAACUGACAGCCUCAAGGAUCGUCGUCGCCCCGAUUAAAAUCUUGCGGCCGAAGAAUAUCGGAGCUCCGUGAACGAAGCGAGGGAAUCGCGAUGAAAAUCGUUGGAGAACAGACGUCCUGAUUUCUCCUGGAUCCGAGAGACGAAUCUCGAGUCGGGCUCUUCGUCAAACGUCAAAAUAACACUCGUGUCGCGUAAACGUCACGACGCAAUCUCAGGCUCGUUAACACGAGAGAAUCAGAGCCGCGGAGUAGAUCUUUGAUAAAGGAGAAAAGGAGGCUGCGAUAGAAGGAUCGAGGGGAGAAUUCGGGCUCGGGAGGAAAAAGAGUGGCGUGAAAAAAGCCGGCGGGAGCACCGGCAGCAGCAGCUGGAGGGCCAACUUGAUUGAUAGUCGCCGCUGGAGACUCGCCCGCUCUCUUUCUGCAUCGUCGGGAUAGUCGUUAAAUUCCGAGGCGCGUUCAAUCCGUCUUGUUCUCGCGCGGGCCCGCGCUCCCGGUGUUUCUCACUGCUUUGGAGGCUUCAGGGAGGAAGCCCGGUGUCGAGUGAUCCGGGCCGCCGCGCAUGGUCCACCGUCGCUGGAUCAUCGCCGAUGGUCACCUUCUACCGGGUCGUUCGUUUGCUCCCCGGCGAGGGAAAAAUCCCCGCGAAAAUCGGGUCAUCCUAACGAGGCUACGAAGAGUUUGCACGAGUGCCGCAUGAAAGCGACGACCGGAGCGUCCUUUCCAACAAUUAUUAUAUUACUCGGGAUAAUUAUUCGUGAAUAUUGUCAUUGCUAAUAAGAAGAAAAGAGGGCCACGAUGUCGGGGCUGCUUUAUACCCUCCUCGGACUCGCGGCGAGUUUCAGCCUUCACUGCGCGGUUCGUCGUGAAAUAAGCCCGUGCACUUGUCGUCAAGAGGAUUUUUCGACACCUGUCAUUCAAGCCAGUCCGCCGGCAACCGUCGCGACCGACCCUAAUAAAAACAACAAUGGCAACGCCAAUAAUCCUAAUCCGGUACACAUGCAUGGCGAAAGGAUCGAAGUCGUUUGCGAAAGAAUGGAAUCUUUCGGGCAGGUCGCCGAUGCUCUCAGAGGCAAAUUCACCGCGGAACAACAAAUCACUCUGAGAGUCGCUCACUCACAGCUCAGGGAUAUAUCGAGACACGAUUUCAAGGACUUACGAAUGUCCAUCACCAAACUCGAGCUCAAUCACGAUCAUCUUAGCUCCGUCGAUGGCGAAGUAUUCGCCGGUCUUGGACGAACUCAGUUUCUCAGCCUCGCUGACAACGAAGUCCCCUCCGUGCCACGACAUAUACUCUCUCAUUUGUCGUUACUGCGAACUCUUGACCUCUCGCGAAAUCGUAUCAGUCGUAUCGAUUCGGACGAUUUCAAGUACAAUCCGACGUUACAACAUCUUUCGAUGGCCGGAAAUUCGAUAUCGGAAAUGGUACCGGGCUCGCUCCCACCGCUCGUGCGCCACUUGCACGUUGGUCGGAAUCAAUUGAAAACAUUGAAUCGAACUCUCCGGGACCUCAAUCAACUGGAGUGGCUGCUCAUUAAUUCGAACAAGAUCGCUACCUUGGACGGGGAACUUCCGGCCUCGGGGCACAAUCUUAAGAUGCUGUACGCGGUCGACAACGAAUUAACGCAUUUGCCGCGGGAGUUUCAUCAUCUUCAUCGCCUCGAAACGUUGUUCCUUCAGCACAAUAAGAUCAGGAGCUUGAACGGUACACUGAAAAAAGCCCGUCGUCUCAAGUUCCUCGAGAUAUCGCACAACGAGCUGCAGGAGCUAAACGAGGAGGAUUUCGUCGAAGCCGAACUCCUCGAGGAUCUCGAGCUCGGUCACAAUUCUUUAAAGUCACUCGGGGGCGCUGGAGGAAGGACACACGCGGAUGGCAGCGCAUCGAACAGCGCCCUCUGGCCUUUGAGAUCGUUGAAAUGUCUCAAUCUCACUCAUAACGAACUUGACGAAUUUUCCUUCGUUUCAGUACGAGGACUGAGGGAGUUGCGCUUACUUGAUUUAUCCAACAAUCGAAUAGCUCGACUCUUACGCGGCAGGCCGCCGACAGAGAAUUUGGUUGAAGAAGAAGGCGACGAAACGGCGGGCUCGAGUAUUCAAGAUCUGCAGUUGCAGCAUAAUGAAUUACGAAGUCUCGAGGGUUCACUUUUCGUAGGAAUGCGCGAGCUGCAAAGAUUGAAUCUCAGUCACAACGCUCUUGGGCCGACGAUCGGACCCCAAGAUCUCAGUGGUCUCGGAGCUCUCAAAGUUCUCGAUGUUUCGCACAACAAGCUUACCACGCUCGAGGACACUUCCGAGACGUGGUUACCCGCGCUCGAAGAGUUGAACGCAUCUCACAAUCUUUUGGUCACACUCUCGGAGCGCGAUUUCCGAAGAUUCCCGAUUCUCUGCUCGGCCGAUGUCACGGCCAACAAAGUUCGAUCCCUCACGCCGGAACUCGUUGCGAAUACGCGGUGUACCGUACACGGAGUCCCCGAUGUUCUACGAAUUUAUCUCCAAGAUAAUCCUAUACUUUGCGACGCUGGUUUGGCCGAUUUGACAGUCGCUCUCGAAGUAAAUCACGCCAAGGUUUAUGGGUUCUCCAACGACUGUCCAACGACGACCAAGACCCCCACAGAGGUGACGACGCCACGGCCCCCGCUGCCGCAAACACUAUUCCUUGCAGCAGCAGCGGCUGGCGGUAACGUAUCGUUCGCUGCGACACUCGAGUAAUACAAUGUAUUUUAUUAUUUAGAUUAUUAUUAUUAUUAUUAUUAUUAUCGUUGUUGUUGUUGUUGUCGUCAUUAGUUUGGUCUCAACGAAACACAUAUCGCGUGUCAUAAAAAAAUUCUAAGAAUGACGAUCGGAGUAUCGUGAACAUGGAUGUGCUAGGUUUUUGUGUAUUCGAUUCAACGAAAAAAAAUUGCUCAUGAAUUUCACCCAAAGGCAACGAAGCCGUUUGAAAAAAUGCAUCUCUCGUUACGAGCCGAAAGAAAAUUUAUUUAUUCGCAGAACGUGUGUUACUAAACAACGUUUCGAAAAUGUAUUUGCUCUCCAAGAUGUAUUAUAAACAGGGGAGAAUUUUUCAUGAAAUUUCGAUCGAGAAAGACUCGAGUAUUUUCAGCGAGGAUUUUUUCAGCUCGAAUGACGAUCCGAUUGGAAAAAAAUGUCAGCCGAAAAACGAGUGUAAUUAGUAGUUUUCGUUGAAUAUCUUUAGCCGAUAGAUCAUUCUUUUGCUUUUUUCCCUUAAUUGUGCACAUUGUAAAUAGCUCCCUCACUUAUCCCUCCCCCUUUGAACGAACAACGAUACCAAAACGUUCGGACUAGCAAUCUCCCUCGUGUAUCGGUUACCGCAUGUUCAUCAUGACAACAAAAAAACGAAAGGAAACAAUAAUUAUUGAAAGAGUUAUGAUUAAUCGUAGUAUACGCGUAUGUUUUUUACUGCGUAUGGUCUUGCUUCUCUCGCAUGUAUUAUCAAUCGAAGUUCACUUUCGAGUUAUCUCUCCCUCGGUCUAUGCAAUUUCUCUUUGUGCGUAAGUUUUUUUGCGUGACACAAGACGUUCGUUAAGCCUCCGGAAAACAAUAUUUUAUUCUCAACUCUUUUUAAAUGUACUGAAACUUCAAAAAAUAAGAAUUUUCAAAACUUCUGCAAGGGUUUCAAAGUCUAAUCAAAUUUUUCGACCAAACUUUCAUGUCCUACUCGAUGAAGAAUGAUGAAAUUUAAUAAUAAUAGAGUUGCAAGCAAUAUCGAUUCGAGUUGAUUGAAAAAUAAUAAUCAGCUGCUUCAAAUCGGAAGGAAAAUCUCGCAUAUUUAUUGUGACAAAAAAAGCGUGGAGUGAAUAAUGAAAUUAUCGAAAAAAAACUUCGCAGGGAUUUUUAUCGAAUGGAAUCGACGAGAGAGCUUCGAGUACUAAUAAAGUGGUGGAUUGGUUAAAAAAAAAACAACGGGACGGGUAGAGCUCGACUCGGGCAUCGGGUCAACGAAGUGAAUAAAAUCUGUUAACUGAAUGGUCGUCCGAGAAGGGCGAGAGAGAGAAAGCUUGUACAACUAUAAUAAUUGACAGUGGGCGAGAAUGCUUGACCUCGCAUUGACUCGGACCAAUAAAGAAGAAUUGUUAUCGACUCGUUCAAUGCAUACGUAAUAGGAAUUACCGAGGUCCGCUGGUUUUUCUCCCCUCUCUCUCUCUCGUUCUCUUUAGUUUGUUUGUUUUCAUUUUGUCCGGUUCAAUCGUGUAGGCGAUUUUGCGACGCGAAGUUUCAGAAUAAUUUAUUGGGAGGGCGUGUGUGAAAAUAUUUGAAGAGAAAAGUUCGAAUUAAUCAACGAAAUAUUUUUCUAUCAGCUACUAAAGGAUUUUUCUUAGUGUAGAGAAAAAAGUAUCUUGCUUUUGGAUGCUGACUGCUAGUUUUUAAUAGGUCGAACUCGAGAGUCGAAACUCAUCGGUUCAAGUAUUCUGAUAAAUUGUAGAAUUUUCAUACAUGUAGAUAUAUAAAAUAUGCAAAUUGGCGGGGCGGAAAACCUUCUGUUGGCCGAACGAGCCAAUUUUUUAUCAGACCUGAAAAUAAUGGUUAACCGUUAUGGAAUCACCGACGACUGAAUAUUUUCAACAAAAUCAUCAAGACGUGAGAUCGCUGUGAAAAAAUGUUCAAAGUAACUCGGAAAGUUAAUAUGACGGUAGUAACGAAAAUAACAACGUUGUUGUCAUAAGUAAAAAAAUUAUACGAAUUGCAAUCACCUAUAUGAACAUUUGACAUAAGAAUUUUUUCAGUCUUUCAUUCUUUUUGAAAUUUCGGCAACCAGGAUGUUACGAAUAUUUUGUCCGCAGUAAUUGCAUUGUGACACUUUGAAUAUGAACAUACAAUAAAAAUGAUUUCUGGUGAAAAGAGAGAAAAAUAUUUCUUAUGACGAAGAAACGGAGUGGAAUAAGAGAAGUUUGAAACUUUAGCCUCUAAGUAAUUUAUCAACACUGUGAUCUGCAGUUUCCAAUUCUUUCUUUUACCCUUUCGAUUAAAUUUAAUGCGAUGAAACUAUGAAUAAUGAAAUAGAAUAAGAAUGGAAUGAUUUUGAAAUUUCCAUCGUUCGAAUGCAAUAUUUACCUUUCCAUUGGAAAUUCAGAGUGUUGAGAAAUCCAACAACUACAUUCUGAUUGCAUUCCAAUGAUGAAAAUUUGAAUUUCAUGAGAAAAAUAAAUAUAUAUAUGAUGUAUCUCGAGUGUAAAAUACAAAGGAAUAUAAAUGAUGAAAACAAAAAAUAUUUAUAAUCGUUAUGAGGAUAACGUUAUAUUUUUUCGUAAGAAACCCUUAGGUGAAUGAGAUAGUAAUAUAAUUGGAUUGUACAUGUAAAUGAAGAGUGUGUAAUAGCGAAUCUUCAAAUAACUCAGAUUUCAUCAAUAAAGGCUUCACUCUUCUCACAAAUGA